UUGCCUCUCGCAGGCUAGGUACUGCUGCAGCAGCAGCCACGAGCCUCUCCUUGGCACAGCACCAGAACAGCAGCACCAGCACCGCUACGUGUAGCGCCAGGCGGCAGGCAGGGGAGGUAGUGAGAGAGGAGACGGAGACGUCCCGAGAAGAAAAUAGAGACUCGGCGGCGUCAUCUGGCAGAUCUUCGUGAGAGAGAAAGAGAUACUCAGCAGAAGGCGUAUUAUACAGGCCGUCGUGACGUUGGGGAAAUAUUCUGAGUGUGGUCUACGCUUCUUCUUCUUCUUCUUCACCGGCAGUGUGUGCUACAGCAGCUCCGGAGUGGGGCGCGAGGGGCUCUCUCUCUCUCUCUCUCUGUUGUGGUGUCAAAUUCUCCAACGCCUGGCGGAGUAAACUACCGAAGAUGAGGGACUACUACAUCAGGUUUCAGGCGAAGACUCUCCUGAACAAGAGGCCCAUUUCCAAGGGCGACCUCAUCAUGAACUCGGAGCCCUUCGCCUUCGUCAUCAACUCGAAUCACAUUUCGGAAUAUUGUGGCUACUGUCUCUCCCGAACCACGCUCCUGAAACCUUGCAAGAAAUGUCGCUUCCAGUGGUACUGCAGCCCUGGGUGCGAGAGGCUCGGGUGGGACUUCCACAAGUACGAGUGUGCUAACCUGAAGAGGAUGCAGAACGAAGUGCCCACUUCCUUCGUCAGACUUCUGGCCCGCAUCAUUUUCAAACUGCAGAAUGGAGGUGGCAAAAUAGUGGAAAAAUAUAACGGAAAAGAUGGCAGAAGGUUCAGGGAUCUCAUGAACCAUUACGCAGACGUCAAGAAGGACGAGGAAGCGACGAAGGAAGUCGAAGACCUGAUUCCGAAGUUGAAGACGUACAUGGGGCAGGACAAUCUGCCCAACUUUGCCGACUUCCUGGGCAUCUACGGAAGGGUCUUGGUCAACCGCUUCUGCCUCUUCGACGAUACGAUGAUGACCUUCGGGUCAGGGCUGUACCUGGCGGCGUCCAUCUUCGACCACGCUUGCAUCCCGAACUGCUACAUCUCCUUCUCCGGGAGGAACGUCCAGAUCAGGUCGCUCAUUGACAUGAAGGAGCUCGAUUAUAACAAGCUCAGAAUUGGCUAUGUCGACCCCGUGUGCAGUGUUGCCAGCAGGAAGGCAGACCUUUACCGUAGGUGGUUUUUCUGGUGCGACUGCAAGACCUGCGCAGACAAAGAGAGGAAAGAGAUAGAGAAUUCCGUCAUAUGCGGCACCGACGGGUGCGAUGCCAAAGUCUACAUUCCAGAGGAAUUCGACCCUGAAAACCCGUACGAGCCAAAGUGCGGGGUCUGCGAAACACCCGUCAGUGCCAAGAGAGUCCGAAGCUACAGGGAGAUCGUCUUCACCACCAAGAAAAUCCUGAAGGAUAUGAGCGAGGAAAACCCAAACCUGCCAGAUUGCGUCGACCUGUUGGAGAUGCAGGGCGAGAUACUGCAUCCCUUGAAUGUCUGGAGGGUGAGGACGCUCGACUUCGCCUUCAACGCCUGCGUCUUCAACGGCUGCUGGUCUCGCGCCAUGGAUUACGGCGACAUGAACUACGAGGGGAUGAGGUACUACUACGGAGACACGAACCCAACCUUCGCCAUUUUCCUAUACAAACUCGGCACGGCAGAGAUUUACCUGAAGGAAUUCCGCGUGGGACUGCAGCACCUGGACAUGGCCGAACCCGUCUUGAAAACCGGACUCGGAGCGAACCACCCUCUGGUCGUCGACCGGCUGGUCCCCACCAGCCUCCUGGCGAACGAGGACCCGCUGAUCAGGAUGGAGCGUAUGAACUCCUCUGACUACGUGAAGAGGAAAUACUGCCUCAUUUAGUUUAGUUUUGCCUUUCGCCGUUGGUUAUAUGAAUGGUGUUGCCCAAGAUCUAUAGAUUAUUGGUGUUGUCUAUUCCUUAAACUCAAGGAGAAAUAUGACGUCACUUAGUUUUGUUUUGCUUUUCACCAUAGGAAGGGUUUUAUCAUUCUGUAUCAAUAUUCAUUACUGACCAAUCCUGUUCCGUACGAAAUUCCACACGGCAAAUAAAAAGCUUUUCAUAGUUGAAGUUGACCUUUGUCAGGAAGAUCCACGCAACUAGAGCUUCGUCACAGACCGGCUGCAAUUAUGUUCGAUCUUUGGCUGUUUUAAGGAGCUUUCAUCAUAUAUUUGCAUAUUUGUUGAAUUGUGCUUUUUCAUAUCGACUGGAGUAAUGAAUAUUCAGGUGAAGCCCCAGUAACAACUCUCCUUCCAUAAUUGGCAAUUGGUUUACAUGAGACAACUUGAGUGAGAAAUUCACUGACAGUCAUGGUAUCUUUGAAUCAGGUUAAUUCGCUGCCUGUUACAAAAAGAUUAGCCUGCAGUUAUUGUGAUAAUGAGAGACGAUUAACUAAUAUGUAUCUCUACUGAAUUGGAAUAACUGAUCUCUGGCUCAGAGAAAAAACGAACAGUCACAAUAACUAUUAGGGCAGUAGCUUCCAUAUUUUGAAACACCAACAACACAAUGGACAUGUGAAUUAUUACAGAUUCUUUUGAAUAAAAACCUAAUUUAGAAUGAAAUACUUCAUCCAUGACAAAUGUAUUUCUUGAAUUUCAGAAGUGAUGGAUAUAUAUUCCUGCUUUUCAGACAUGGUGAGAUAUAUUUCCUGAAUUCAGACAUGAUAAAUAUGACUUCUGAAAUUCAAGAAUGAUAAAUAUAUUUGCUGAAUUUCAGACGUGAGAAAUUUUAUUUUCUGAAAUUCAGUGAUACUGAAUUUCUCGGCUGAAUUCCAGAAAUGAUAAACAUAUUUACUGGACGGCUUCACUGAAUGCAUUCCUUUUUCGUUGUUUGAUGAAACUAACCCGAAGUCUGAAUCAAAUCUGAACUGACCUAACAUGACCUUACAGAUUCCUUUUUAAGUUUAAGUUUGCCAUUAGUAAGAAUUCCUGAUGCCCAGCUCAGAACUGAAGAUUUAAUAUAUGCCCAUACAUA